AUUUCUUUGCUUUGUACAAAUAAUAGCUGUAGCAUAACUAAUUUAUGAUAGAACUAUAUAUCCUUUGCUUCACCUCAUUUGAGUAUCUAUAUUCCUUAUCAAGAGUGGUAUAGUCGGGCGAUCAAUGAAAUCGUAAAGAUAGGUGGAUGUCCGAUUACAGAUCAAUUGUCAUUUUGUGAUUCAUUUAGAGAAGGCAAACCAUUGUGGGAGAUAUUAGCGGAUCCAGGUACGGCGAUAUGAUAGCAAAAUAAGAACAGACAAGAUUCAUUUUAUUUUAGCACAUGAAUUCUAUACUGCCUUGAAAAAGUUUAAACACAAACGUAAUUAUGUCAAUACAACUGGUGACUUUAGUGUACCUUACUUUGCUGCAGCCAUGGAUGGUUCCGAUCACUUUGACGAUCCUCUAAAUAUGAACAUUUCCUGUCAUUCUAAAUAUCCAAGUGUCAUCACGAGAUUUGAUAUUAAAGAGACCAAAGAAUGCCGACGGGUGAAUCUUUUUGAAAAAAUAGCACAUGUUGUAUUUAUCGGUGUCAGGGUCCCUCUUGUGUUCAUGUCCUCAAGAUCGACUUCUUGGCGAAGGCAUGAUCAGGUUCUUUCAUCCUAUCAAGACGAAAAGGAAGGCUAUUAUUCUAUUCAUAUUGACCGAGAAUACAGCUUUCUCUUUGAGAAACAUCAAGAUAUGAACAAGCAAGAAGCGAUGACAAAAAAACUAGAUCCUUCAAAACUAUUCCCCGAAGUAGGACCGAAUGUGAAGAACCGAGCAAGUUAUCCAAUCCAUUGUCAUUCUGCUCAACUAAGAAUCAUUGAAAUGCUCAAAAAAAUUGAUUGGGAACAAACCCUGGUCCAUAUAAAUUCUUCAAAGGCACAUACAAUGAUUAUAGGUAUAGAGGAUGAAGUUCAAGAAGGAAAGGAUGUAGUCGAGCAUUUUACAGAUACUUUUGACUAUUAAUGCUGUUACUGCUUUAAAAUAAA